UUGGUACGCUCCUCAGCAGGAUGCACAACACGCCAGUGUGGGGAACUUUUCACAAGUUCUUUUAACAUUCAAAUUUCGCUGAAUUUGCACAAACGCUCCGGUCAUCCAGACCAUCCUUUGUGUCGUAGUCAACUCGAGCCGAGCAGGACUCCGAGACCGCACUAUCGGUAGUUCACCUUUUCAGUUUCUCUUGGAUCCCCAUUGGAUUGACCCAGAGCAGUAAGGUUGGCCCCUGUCACCCUCCGUACCAGUCACGGACUAAACCUGCAGUAUUAUACCAGGAACGCUCUCGUGUCGAGCAAGUUUGUAAAGGUUAAGCCGAGAGAGAAGGACUAUUUGUUGGAAAGAGAGAGAAACACGCCCUUGCUGGCAUUUAAAUUCCGUCAAGGACCUCCUCGGUUCCAUUGUCGUGAGGUGUUGCCUAUUCUACAGCAGUCAGUAUGCAGGCUGCGGUGUUUCUGUUGCUGCUGCUCCCGGCUGUCUUCUGUGCGCCUAACGGACAGGUCACCCCCAAAACACUCAGCCUGGUGAGCACGCUCGGGUAUGGAGACAUCUCCGUGUCGCUGAGUGAGGCCAUCCGCCGACUGGAGGACAUCUCGCGGAUGAAGGGAAAGGACGAGCGGGUGCUUUUUGAGCUCAGGAACAAGGUUUCCCAGCUGGAGCGCCAGUACCAGGACAGGCAGGAGGAGUCCCGGGCGGCAGGCGAGGUGCUGGAGGACGUGCUGGCCAGGUGUAACGACUCCGAGAGGAGACGGCUGCAGGAGCGCUGUCUGCCGUGUCUGGGCGAGAGGUGCGUGGAGUUUUACAACGACAAUUGCCACCAGAGGAAGGCCCAGGUCGUGCGGCAGAUCACGCGCCUCUUCCUGAACGACGACGGACAGACCACAAUUCUCAACCCGGGAGACGCGAACAAGGACCCCUUCUUACUGGCCAUCAGUCAGCUGUGCAAAGAGCUGCGGGAGUGGUUUAACGGCAGCGUGUUCCACGAGGUGGACCACUACUUCCGGGACAGGCUGGACGGAGACUUCUUCAAGGAGAUCGGAAACGACACCAGGGAGUUCUUCGAAGAUGUCGGCGAAUUCUUUAAGGAAGACGUUGCCACGUGGUUCCAGGAGGACCUUGUCGACUUCUUCGAGCGUGACGUCGCGGACUGGUUCGCCAACACGUCCGCCGACGCACAGGUCUUCUUCAGCGAGGAGCUGCCGGUCUGGGCCGAGAACACCCGGCGGGAGUUCGUCGACUUUUUCGAGAAGGACGUGGCGACAGUGUUCCAGAACUUCGGCAAGGACAUAUCGUCCUUCGUGGAGGAAAAGGUGACCCCGACGUUCGAACAGCUCCACGACAACGUUCGGGAGUUCGUGGAGGAAGACGUGGCGGACGCCUUCUCGUCUGCAAGCGGGUACGUCGGGUCGGCGGGCGAGACGGCUGAUGGGGCCGCCGACGCUCUCGGGAACACCGAGAAGUUUCUGCGGGGGAUCAACCGGCAUCUACAGACCGUGGCAGGCGGUCUGGACCAGGUGGGCAGAGUGCUGAAGAACGCCAGCGGACACGCCAAGAAGGCCGUGGAGCAGGCCAAGACCCAAGUGCACGACUUCUCUCACAAGGUGGAGGAUUUCUUUGACGACGCAGGGGACCAGAUAGUGGACAGCUUUCAGACGGCGGGCAGGGAGAUACAGGACUUUUUCGAAGAGGACUUUGCGGGAUUCUUUAAGGAUACCUUCAGUUUCCUGGGUCGGAGGCGGCGCCGCGCCCUGGACGACUCGUCCCUGCCGGCGGCCCUGAUCAGCCUGCCCUCCCUGCGCGGCCUGCUGGCGCAGAACGACGUGGACCAGCCGCCCACCUGCCAGGCCAUCCUGCAGGACUCCCGCAGCUGCGUCAGGCUCGUGCACACCUGCAACGACUGCAGGAUCAGGACAGAGGACGUGUGCCCGGAGAAACAGGAGAUCCUGAAACAGUACUUCUCAUCCCGUAACGCCAGCAGGAAGACGCUGUUGGCCCUACAGACCACCAGGAGGUUGUAUGAGAAGGCUCUGAACGUGUCUCGCGGGGACCAGUCUAAGGUAGAGGACAAGUGCGACUGUGUGUGGGCCUACCAUGUAGCCGAGCUCCCCAGGGAACAGCGCCGAUUCAACGUCACACAGCUUGCGAUCCAGCCCGGGCCCGACCGCGUCACGAUUGUCCGUGCGGUUGUCCGCAUCUUCGACGCCCCGGAGAGGACCUUCAUCGUGCCGGUCCUUUCCGAGAACAACCCCGAGACGGACCCGGCCGUCAUCGCCGGCCCCAUCGCCAAGCAGGCGCUGGAGUGGUACAAGGCACAGCUGCCAAGCACCAAGAAUCCAGAAGGCGACAAAGACUUUGCCGUGGAAAUGCUGUCUGAUGCGAUCCUGCACCCUUCAAGAGCCUAGAGGGAACUGCCAUCAACCGUCACAUUCCUUACGCUUAUGGCAGGCAGUCGACAAUAUUGACUUAUUCUUGCGCAGUUCUAUUAUAAUUACGUGUUUCAGAAGUAGAAAAGCGCCUCAAAAAACAAGAUAUUAAGUUCUUCGUAACUGUUUACGUAAAUUCUAGAUAGCUUAUGAUAGAGUCAUGCUCAUAAUGUUCAUCAUUUGUAAUUGAUCAUUAGUUGUUAUUUGUAAAACUGAUCAGUCAACGUUUACGGUACUGAGAAUUUGAGAUCAUAAAGUAGGACUGUUCGAUCAUACCUACAUGAUUCGCUAACGUCGAACUCACAGAUACAAAAGUUGACUGUCCCACCAGUGUAUAGAAAUUGGCAUGGCAGGUUUACCAUGCAAGGUAUAGUAGCACUGGUUUUAUGAAUGUGUUCACAUUUCUUACUCCUAUUAUUAAAACGUAAGUUUAAAAAG